CAAGGACCGACGAUGAGGAUGAGGAGAAAGAUGAAAACAUGACUGAUGCGGAAACGCAUGUAGACUCCUCAUUAGCUCAUGUAGAUGAGGGGAAGAAAAGUCGAGAAGAUAUGGAAAUGACAGAACUAACAGUGACACAGGAGACAGGGGAUGAAGACGCAGAGGACGUCGAGGAAGAAAAUAAGGGUGUUGGAGGAAAGAGGAAGCGGGUGAGAAAUACAAAGACGGGAAAGAAGAAAGAGGAAGAUGUUUGUUUGAUAUGCUUUGAUGGGGGUGACCUUGUCCUUUGUGAUCGCAGCUUACCACCCUUCCUGUGUAAAUCAAGACGAAGAUUUUUUCCGUUCCAAGGGUAAAUGGAACUGUGGAUGGCACCAGUGUAGCAAAUGUGAGAAAACUGCGACAUACUUGUGUUACACAUGUGUGUUCUCAUUAUGCAAGGGCUGCGCCAAGGAUGCUGUCUUUUUUUGCAUAAGAGGUAAUAAGGGUGUAUGUGAAACAUGCAUGGAGACAAUCAAGUUGAUAGAAAGAGAAGAGCAGGAAAAGAAGGAGCCGGCGCAGUUGGAUUUUGAUGACAAGACUAGCUGGGAAUCUCUCUUCAAGGAUUACUGGAUUGAUUUGAAAACGCAGCUAUCUAUAAGUCCAGAGGAACUUGAUCAGGCUAAGAGCCCACUGAAAGGAAAUAAGUCUCAUGCUGGUAAACAGGGAACAGCCAGGGAGACUGAAUAUGCAACUGAUGAAGGAUCAGAUUCGGAUAGUUCUCCAAAAAAGAGGAAGACAAGGAGUCGAUCGAAGUCUGGUUCUGCGGAGAAAAACCAAUCACCAGCCAGCUGUAAAAGCUCGUCAGGUGAAACGUGGGCUUCCAAGGAACUUUUGGAUGUGGUCGCGCACAUGAGACGUGGUGACAGAUCUUUCUUACCUUCCACAGAAGUACAUGAGCUCCUGCUGAAUUAUAUAAAAAGAUACAAUCUUCGUGAUCCCCGUCGUAAAAGCCAAGUUGUUUGUGACUCCAGGCUUAAGAAUUUGUUCGGGAAAUCUCAUGUUGGGCACUUUGAGAUGUUAAAUAUCCUUGAUACCCAUUUCCUUGAUAAAGAGCAACAACAGGCAGAUAAUAUUCAAGGUAGCAUUGUUGAUACAGACCCUGACUAUGUGGAUCUUGAUGAAAGCUUGGACCAUCCAGUGAAAAGUGGGAAGGAUAAGAAACGUAAAACACGUAAGAAGGGUGCAAGGAAAGGGCGUCAAUCUAAUCUUGAUGAUUUUGCUGCUGUUGAUUUGCACAACAUUAAUUUGAUUUACUUGAGGCGGAGCUUGGUGGAAGAUCUACUUGAAGAUUCUACAGCAUUCGAAGAAAAAGUAGCUAGUGCAUUUGUUAGGUUGAGGAUAUCUGGAAAUCAAAAGCAAGAUUUAUAUCGACUGGUUCAAGUUGUUGAAUUGUCUCCUAGGAUUGCCCCCGUAAUCUCAACGUCACCUCCUCCUGUUGUUGCGCAGCCUGCUCCCAAGCCAAAUGAGUCGGAGAAAAUGUGGCAUUACAAGGGUAAAGUUCAAGGACCUUUUUCAAUGGCGCAGCUCCGUAAAUGGAACAACACUGGGUACUUCCCUGCUAAGUUGGAAAUCUGGAAAGCUAACGAGUCAUCGUUGGACUCUGUUCUCCUGACUGAUGCAUUGGCUGGGCUGUUUCAGAAGCAAGCCCAGUCGGUGGAUAAUAGCUACGCGAAAGCUUAUUCUGGUCAAUCAAGCCAUUCAGAACCCAAUAUAGGUUCUUCUGCUAGGACCGCUCCAUCAGUCCUUGAUAUUCCCAAAAAAUUCUCCAACCAAGCCUUCUGCACAGUCAGCUGUUCAGUCGAUGAGUUUUCCUUCAGCACAAUCCGUCCCGAGUCAAGCUCCACGGACAGAUAUCCCUCUGGUUGUAAACUCGGCUGGUUGCGUUGCAGCCUGGAACCCACCCAAUUCCAUCAACAGAUCGGGCUAACGUUUCUGUUAAUCAUUAUGGUUCUUCUGCUCCUCUUCCAUCUCCAACACCGGUAGGUGGAAUGCAAGGCUGGGGUAACAUGCAGACGGAUAAAUUUGAUUCACAUGGUCGUGGAAGAGGUGAUUCCCCUUUUUCUUCUCAGAAUACCUCUGCGUCUUAUGGCACCACAACUCCAAGUGUUCUCCCCUCGCAAAGUCAACCAGCGUUUUCAGCAUCUCAUCCUUGGAGGGCUCCAGUUCCAAGCCAAUCAAAUACUCAGACUCAGGCACAAGCAUGGGGUAGUCAAAACUCAGGACAACCUCAGGCUCCAACAAACCAAAACAGCAGCUGGGGUCAAGGGACUGUUGCAAAUCCAAACUUGGUUUGGGCUGGUGCUCCUCAAGCUGGAAUGAGCGUAAACUGGGCUGCAUCUUCGGUUCCACCAACUGGUCAGGGAAUGCCUAAUACUGGAUGGGGCGGGCCCCCCCCAAGUACAACAACAACAAGCUUAUCCAAACUCCGGGUGGGGUGUAACAGGCCAAGCUCAAUCCCAAGUUCAACAAGCUCCAGGGAGUAGUACAAGCUCUGGAUGGAUGCAGCCAGGUCAAGGAAUGCAGUCUGGGAGCAAUAAUCAAAACUGGGGAACUCAAAACCAGACAGCAAUGCCAAGCGGUGGGUCAGGAGGGAACCAAACUGGUUACUGGGGGAACCAACAGAACCAGAAUGGAGAUUCUGGGUAUGGUUGGAACAGGCAGACUAGUGGAAGUGGUGGGCAUAACAACUUCAAAGGGCAAAGAGUAUGCAAGUUCCAUCGAGAAAAUGGAAAUUGUAGGAAAGGAGCAGCCUGCACUUACCUCCACAACUAAACUCUCUCUUUCUUUCUGUUUUUUAGGUGAUGUUUGCUGCAUCCUAAAAAAGCAGUUUAGGCGUUUUAGACACUAUGCACAAGAGUCUUUGUUUUGUUGGGAGCUUUUUAUUUAGAUUAGCCGACAUGUUUCUUUAAUUUCGGGAGUUAAGGGCUUAGUAUGUCUGGUGGUGAAUAUGGUGAUAGAGUAUAAUAUCCUCUUUGCAUAAAGUAUUUGCUAGAAUAACUA